GAGUUCGCUGGCCACCUAAGCGCCCGGUAGGGGGUGGGGGGAGCGAGGGGUCCUCUCUCUCAGUCGUUCGUUCGCUCGCGAGACGAGGAGGAAGCCGGCACAUGGAUGGCGUCCUCCCGGCAGAGGCGGCGCGGUGGCGGAGCGGGCCGAGGGGACGGCGAGGGCGACGGGCAGCAAGGGCAGCAGGGGCAGGGCCCGCCUGCCGUCCGGAGCGGCACGGGCCCAGCGCAGACCCAAGAGAGCGGGCGGCCCGCGGAUGCACCCAGCGCAGUAGGAGGACAGAUAUGGGCUCCAGAGGGGCCCACUGCCUUCAAGUUGCUCUUGUCUGCUCGCUUCUGCUCAGCGCUGCUCAGCAACAUCUCUGACUGCGAUGAGACCUUCAACUACUGGGAGCCUACGCACUACCUGCUGUACGGCACAGGGUUCCAGACGUGGGAGUACUCCCCCGAUUACGCCAUUCGCUCAUAUGCCUACCUCUGGCUGCUGGCCAUCCCCGGCUGGUUCCACAGCCGGGUCCUGCAGGCCAACAAGGUGAUGGUGUUUUACUUCCUGCGCUGUGUUUUGGCCUUCAGCUGCUGCCUCUGCGAGUUGUACUUCUACAAAGCUGUGUGCAAGAGGUUUGGCCUCCACGUGGCCCGGCUAAUGCUGGCCUUCCUGGUGUUGAGUCCUGGCAUGUUCCUCUCGGCUGCCGCAUACCUGCCCAGCAGCUUCUGCAUGUACACGACGCUGCUCGCCCUCUCGGGCUGGUUCCUGGGCCACGACGGGGUCGCUGUCCUCUCCAUCGCUGCCGGCGCCAUCGUGGGCUGGCCCUUCAGCGUGCUGCUCGGGAUCCCCAUUGCGGUCGACCUGCUGCUGAGGAAAGCGCACGUGAAGGACUUCCUUUGGUGGUGCUUGGUCGCGCUGCUCGUGUUUUUGUUGCCCGUGGUGCUGGUGGACAGCUACUACUACGGCAAGCUGGUGUGCGCGCCACUCAACAUCAUCCUCUACAACGUCUUCACACCGCACGGGCCAGAUCUCUACGGGACGGAGCCGUGGACCUUCUACUUUGUGAAUGGCUUCCUCAACUUCAACAUCGCGUUCCCGCUCGCCCUGCUUGCCCUGCCGCUGGCAAUGCUCACCGAGUCUCUUCUCUCCAAGUACAAUAUCCAGCACCUGGGGCGGCCCUAUUGGCUGUCGCUGUCUCCGUUCUACCUGUGGCUGCUCGUGUUCAUCGCCCAGCCGCACAAGGAGGAGCGCUUCAUGUUCCCCGUGUUCCCGCUCGUGUGCCUGCACGGCGCCGUUGCGCUCUCCGCGCUGCAGAAGUGCUACCAUUUUACGUUUUGGCGCUACCGUCUGGAGCACUACACUCACUCAUCGCAGUGGCUGGCGCUGUCCGCACUUGCGCUGUUCUCUGUGCUCUCAGCCUCGCGGACGCUCGCUCAGUUCAAAGGGUACCACGCCCCUCUGGACCUGUUUACAGAGUUCCACCGCGUGGCGGCCGACCCCAGCAUCCACACGCUGGCUGAGGGGAAAACGGUGAACGUGUGCAUCGGCAAGGAGUGGCACAGAUUCCCCACGCACUUCCUGCUCCCUGAAGCAAACUGGAAGCUGCAGUUCAUCGCGUCGGAGUUCCGGGGGCAGCUGCCCAAGCCGUACCCGCCAGGAGACGACGCGACGCGGAUCGUCCCCUCCCACAUGAACGACCAGAACCGCGAGGAGGCGUCGCGAUACGUCGACGUGAAGCAGUGCCACUACCUGGUGGACCUGGACAGGGAUGUGGAGACGGAGCGCGAGCCCCGCUACGCCACCAGGACGGAAGAGUGGAGCGUCGUCGCAUACAGGCCCUUCCUCGAUGCGGCCAGCUCGUCCAAGCUGUUGCGCGCGUUCUACGUUCCGUUCCUGUCGUCUCAGCACGUCGUCUACCGAAACUACACCAUCCUGAAGACGCGGAGAACCGGGCCCGGCAAGAAGAAGCGCAUGAGGUUUCCGUGACGGCGUGCCGAAGCGACGGUGCACUAUUUUCGAGCCGCGCGUUGGCGAUGCGUUUUCCGGUUGCGCCGCGCGUUGUCGGGGGCGCGGCGUUCCGAUUUUCUGCUCUGGCGUGAUAGCCGGGAGCUUCUUCAGGAGCUGAAUUAAUUUCCUUAAUUGAAUUUAGAUCAGUUUAAAACUACUAUUUAAGCUGUUUUUUUAUUUUGACCAGGGAAGGCCCACUGAGCUAUAUAGCUCUUUUUCUUGAACGGCCUGGUCACAAAUGAUAGCUCAAUGAAGUGGCCUCUCAUGUGGAAAUUUAUAGUAAGCCAAAUACUCUAAACGCAUGUUGAUUCUAAAUGUGGAGGGAAAAACCAGAAUACUCUGAGAAAAUUCACGUGAGCACGGAGAGAACACGCAAACUCCGAAUAUACAGGCGUCAGGGUCGGGAUCGAACCAACAGACUCGUGCAUAUCAGGUGAGGUAUUUAACAUCUCACCACCAUGGUGCUGCAGAAGGUACCAGCCAUAUAGAGCAAAACUUCGGUACGUUGGAACUGAAUUCAGGAACCGAACUGAACGCAGUUCCCGAACCUUCCCAGCGCACGGAGAAAAGCGUCGGUACGUCGGGAACUGAAUUCAGCAACCGCUUUGAAUUGAAUUCAGGAACUGUCAGUGAGUUCCUUGAGAAGCUCCCCAGCACACGGAGCGAAACGUCGGACUACGUAACCGUGCGGCACGCAGCAAGACCCAAAGCGCACUGUCGGAGAGAGCCGUGCAAGCGCGACUCCGGGAAAAACUCGGGAGUGUUGUGCCGCAUUGCAGCGAGCGCUCGUUACGAGCGGUGGAAAAACGGUUCGAUCGUUGAUGGCCUUUUUAUUCAGGUAUUCUCGCACGCGUGUUCAAUGACGAUUUUACAAAAAUAAAUGAACGCAAAGCAUUUAAUUAUCGCUCGCAGGUCUUCAGGGCGUGCGUGUUGGUGGGGUGGGGGAAAAAGCUUUGCGUUAAUGAACAUUGGGAUCCACUUGUCACUUGUGUUCGUCCCAGCUGUGUAUUUCCUCGGUGUUUAUUUUUUUGGCCCAGGUAACAUAACAAAAAGGUUAUUUGACUGAUGAGUACAAUGUUUGUACGUGUAGUAGAUGAUGGAUAUAAGCACACCCCAUGGGAGCAAGGUCAGCUGUGCUUGUAUCAGAAGGCGUGAGCCAGUAUCAGAAGUUACCCUUUGACUUGCGCGCCCACCAGUGUAAUGUAUUUGACCAGGGAAACCCCACUGAGCUAUAUAGCUAUUUUUUCAGAAGCGACCUGACCACAAAUGAUAGCUAAACGAAGUAGCUUAUCAUGGGGAAAUUUAUCGCAGCCAAAUACUCGAAACGCACGUUUCAAACUCCAAAUAUACAGGCGUCAGGGUCGGGCUCAAACCCAAGACAUCCUGUAUACAAGGCGAGGUGGUUAACAUCUCGCCACCCCUGCGCCCUGUUUCUUAUAUCAGAACUGUGCUUAUAGUAAGAUGUGCUUAUAUUCAUCCAGCUUCUACUGUGCUUCGAAUAAAUGGGGAAGCCUGAGCUGAUGGUGGCAAAACAAUUACUGCAACAAGAGAAUACGAACAUGUGGUUGGUAAAUUUAAAUAAGUUGAGUACAUUCCUCCUACGUCCGGACAGACGUCGCUGUUCCUGCCAAAGUCGGGCGUCACGUCACGCGAGGUCACGAACCUUUCGAUCAGCCGUCAUAAGUUAACCGGAUGCAACAUCUCUUAACACCGUGCAGGUGUAGCUUUGGCUUCUGUGAAGACUACCAGAGAGCCUCAUACAAGUACAGUACAUGUCCACAUAUCCGACCAUCGCAUAAACUCUGACCGAUUAAAUCACCCACGUCUAGUGCAGUAUUUUGCAUGGUGCAACUGCCAUUAUCCAUAGAUGCUUUUUCACAUAUCUGCCGGAUUCCUCAGUCACAAGCGAGUCGGAUAUGCAACAUUGUACUGUCCCGCUAAAUCGACCUGCUAAGGUCGCAAAGGAUUACGUGAUACAUUUCUAAUUGCGCGUAGCAAAAGCGGUGAGUGUAGUUCUUUGGAUAAUGCUGUAUUCGACUGUACAAGUGCAUUCCACUGCUGGAUGAGUGUCUCCCUACGCCUUGUGCCAUGGGGGGCAUUCAAUCACACUUUACCACACUGGCCAGUGCGGGUCGAUGGACGUGGGGAGCAUAGUUGUGGGAGCAUAGCACAGUACAACACCGGAUUUUGCUGUACUGCCAAAUACUGCUGCCCACCACCAGCCUACAACACCUGUUGUGCGUGACAAUCACCUAUCCAAGCAUUAUCCAGGCUGAAACCUGUAUAGCCUUUGAGAUCUCACCGGAUCGGGCGCAUUCCGAGUGAUUUGGUGAGUGGCUGUACUUUAAUAUUCCAUGGACUUGAAUGAUGAUGAUGAUGAUUAUGCACAACUCUGUUAUUUUACUUGUAACUGAAGCUUUAUGAUGACCAAACCCUCGGGACCAGGGUGAGCUCACGGUUUGUGGAUAUGGACUUAAAAGGCUGGUGCAUUAACAUUUGCUGUGUAGUCAUUGUUGAGAAAGGCUAAAUCCUGAUGGUCAGCUGUUAUAUAUGUGUAUAUACGUAACACAUGUAAAGCACAGGCUCAAAGGCCCGAAACACUUAAGUGGCCAGCAACAAACAGCAUUGUUGAAGUUGCGAUAGACGAGUGUAAAUUUGUUUCUUGCACUGAGAAAAGUUAUACGAGCUGGGGAGAAGAGAUCAUGGGAGAGAAUUCUAAGUAACCAGGAGAGAUAAAUGUUGUGACCUGCAGCGUGGUGGCCGGUUGAACAGCACGGUGGAUGAGAUGAAACAGUCCGCUAGACCGCGUCUUCAACGUGGGUGGAGGAUUCGAUGUUCUAGGGAACAAUAACCAUCGUACCGUAGUAGUCGCCACGAUAGAAGAGUAUUAAAGAGGUGACUCGGGAGUGAAUCGAUGAGCGCUGGAUCAUCACUCAAUCCGACUGUCUUGGAAGAUGUUGGGACGGACCGGUCGCAUCAUCAGUGCCCGAGUGUGUCCCCAAGUUUUUCCCUGCUUUUUGUCCACGUGUCCUCUGUUACCAAGGUAACGCCUAUGAUAUACAUUGUAGCCGUGUUUUGUUUUCCCCCAAUUUUUUACUAUGUUGGAAUUUAAAUUGCUUGGAGAUAUUUAAGCAGAUUGGUGUCGAUAGCUUACCCUAUGGGUCAAACGUGGAAGUGAUUCAAUGUUGCAACAUGUAAAGCGAAAUAAACUGCACCCUGUGGUCACAGAAAAUAAACUUGAACUGGAUCUUU